CGAAUAUGGUUGUUAAAGCAGAUAAUGGAUGACUGCACUAGGAAAAGAAAAAGUUCAAAGACAAAUGAGUUUCAUCAAAAGCGACGACAGAAAUCCGGCGUCAAAGCAAAAAGGCAAAACAAAAUGUCAACAAACAAACAAAUGAAACAAUCUAAUAAAAAAACUAAAUCUAUUAAAAAAGGAAAAGAAAGAGUUUUGGAGUUCAAAAAACGAAACAAGAACGUGAAAAACAUUUUACUGUGAUUGAGCAACGACCAAAAGAUCAAAUACGAGAUUCUGAUGGUGUAAAACCAAUUUUUACUGUGAACAAGAAAAGAAAAUUAUGUUUCAAGGAAAAAAUUCAAAAUAAAUUGGAGUCUGGUAGAUUUCGUUGGAUAAAUGAAAAGUUAUACACCUCAAAAAGUUCCUCAUCAUGUGCAAUGUUUCAAUGUGAACCUGAACUUUUUACUAUUUAUCAUCAAGGAUUUUCAAGUCAGGUCAAUAAAUGGCCAAUAAAUCCACUAGAUGUAAUUAUUAAAUGGGUUUUGAAAAAAUCCCCUAACCUUGUUAUUGUUGACAUGGGUUGUGGUGAAGCAAAACUUGCACAAAGUGUUCCCAAUAAAGUCUUCUCUUAUGAUUUCAUUGCCGUAAAUGAUCUUGUAACUGCAUGUGAUAUGGCAAAGGUUCCUUUAUUGAAUAGCAGUGUUGAUAUUGUUGUUUUCUGUUUAUCAUUGAUGGGCACUAAUUUGAAUGAAUUUUUACAAGAAGCCUUUCGUAUCUUAAAGCAUGGUGGAAUUUUAAAGGUGGCUGAGGUUGUAAGCAGAUUUGAAAAUCUAGAAGAAUUUAUCACUAUGGUUUCAACAUUUGGAUAUAAUCUUUUAAGAAAAGAUGAAACAAACAAGAUGUUCGUUCAAUUUGAGUUUGAAAAAUCUUUGAAGAACACUCAACGACCUAAAUUACCAUCAUUAUUACUCAAACCUUGCUUGUACAAAAAACGCUAAGGUAUACUAGUUGGACAACAGAAUUCUAAAUAGUUUAAAUUGGAAUGGAGAAUUGAUUAAUUGUU